CCAUUCCAUGCAACACUAACUUUUAGAUUCCCUUUCCAUUGCACUGCUCUUUCUUUCUUUAGAAUUAGUCACUCCUGUUCUAGAUGAAGGUUCUCUCCCCAAUUCUUGCUUGCCUAGCGCUUGCUGUGGUGGCAAGUCAUGCUGCUCUCUCACCCGAGCAAUAUUGGAGCUAUAAGCUGCCAAAUACUCCAAUGCCAAAGGCUGUCAAAGAAAUUCUACAUCCAGAACUGAUGGAGGAGAAAAGUACCUCUGUAAAUGUAGGAGGUGGUGGUGUAAACGUCAAUACAGGAAAAGGGAAGCCAGCGGGUGGCACUCAUGUGAACGUUGGGCGCAAAGGAGUUGGAGUGAACACGGGUAAGCCAGGGGGUGGCACUCAUGUGAAUGUUGGAGGCAAAGGAGUUGGGGUGAACACUGGAAAGCCAGGAGGUGGCACCCAUGUGAACGUUGGAGGCAAAGGUGGAGGAGUAUCUGUACACACCGGACACAAGGGAAAGCCAGUAAAUGUUAAUGUGAGUCCGUUUCUUUACCAAUAUGCAGCCACUGAAACUCAAAUCCAUGACGAUCCGAAUGUGGCUCUUUUCUUUCUGGAAAAGGAUAUACACCCCGGGGCAACAAUGAGCCUGCAUUUCACUGAAAAUACAGAGAAAUCCGCUUUCUUACCUUAUCAAACUGCCCAAAAAAUACCGUUUUCAUCUAACGAGUUGCCAGAAAUUUUCAACAAGUUUUCAGUGAAACCUGGAUCAGUGAAGGCAGAGAUGAUGAAGAACACAAUUAAGGAGUGCGAACAGCCAGCGAUUGAAGGAGAGGAAAAAUAUUGUGCAACCUCACUGGAGUCAAUGAUUGACUACAGCAUUUCCAAACUAGGGAAAGUUGAUCAGGCAGUCUCAACAGAAGUGGAAAAACAAACCCCAACGCACAAGUAUACAAUAACAGCUGGAGUGCAGAAGAUGACAAAUGAUAAAGCUGUAGUGUGCCACAAGCAGAAUUAUGCAUAUGCUGUCUUCUAUUGUCAUAAAUCAGAAACAACAAGGGCUUACAUGGUUCCUUUAGAGGGUGCUGACGGAACAAAAGCCAAAGCAGUAGCAGUCUGUCACACAGAUACAUCAGCAUGGAACCCAAAGCAUUUGGCUUUUCAAGUCCUAAAAGUUGAGCCAGGAACCAUUCCUGUCUGCCAUUUCCUUCCUCGGGAUCACAUUGUUUGGGUCCCCAAGUAAAAGUCCUGAAGAGUAGACUCAUACACUAUAGUUUCAUCAUAGUGUGCAUUAAAACAGCUUAAAGCAAUAUCCAGUUUGUUCUAUAAUAAUAUACCCACGAGUUUAGUCAUGUAAAAUCUAUCCAUGAAUCAUGUUCUUAGUAAUGGAUAAAAUGAUAGUACUUUCUGUAUCACAAGGGUCUGGCGAUAAAUUUAUUAGUAUUUUAAGUAACUUUUCAG